CCGGAUAUGCUUUUGAUUCGACAACGAGGUCAAGUGGUCCGGAUAGUUUGUUGCAAGUGGCAUGAAGCACAACCAUGCGUGGAAGGCCACCGAAGUUGCGGGCAUCUCGUCGGCGCUCUUGAAGUGGUACGACACACAGCGACGAUGCCUCCCAUGGAGAGGUGACUCUACCCCAUACCUUGUGCGCGUGAACGAGCGCGACACCGACUACUGUGCGCCGAACGUUGUUACCCCGUAUGGCACAUGGGUGUCCGAAAUCAUGUGCCAGCAGACUCGAGUCGACACUGUCGUGGCGUACUAUACCAAGUGGAUGGACACGUUUCCAACGGUCCAGAGCCUCGCUGCAGCCGAUCCAGACCAAGUGAAUGCUGUGUGGGCCGGCUUAGGGUAUUACCGCCGCGCUCGCAUGCUGCAUCAAGGAGCGCAAUUCGUCAUGGACAAAUUCAAUGGGAAUAUGCCGCAUGACAUCGAAACACUCAAGACCAUUCCAGGAAUUGGGCCAUACACCGCAGGCGCGAUUGCAUCGGUGGCAUUCAACCAAGCCGAGCCCCUCGUCGAUGGCAACGUGAUCCGGGUCAUUUCCAGGCUCCGUGCAAUUGGAGGGGAUCCAAACCACAAGCCGCUCAUCAAAUUUUGCUGGUGGGGGCGCCUGUUCUCGUUGUUGAAUCGCCUUAGUGCCCAUCCUGUUGCGUUGGGUCGCUUUAGGGAAAGCGGCAAACGUCUCAUCGAUCCAUCACGUCCCGGAGACUUCAACCAAGCCCUGAUGGAGCUUGGGGCGACGGUGUGCUCGAUUCAGACUCCAGCUUGCGCAACCUGUCCAGUGCAGUCCUUCUGUCACGCCUAUGCUCAGUUCAAAGAGGACGGCAGUACUUCCCCCAACAACGCACCGCUUCAAGUCGAAUGUGCAGUCUGCGAUCUCACCCGCCUGGAGGAAUGGGGUGUUGAUGCACCGGCUGCAGUCACGAAAUUUCCGCUCAAGACUCGGAAAAAAGCGCCACGCAGCGAAGUCAUCAGUGUCGCUGUCGUGUAUCGCCAGCCUGGCGACACGAUGGAAUCGCGGCAAUAUCUCAUGGCGAAGCGGUCCGACCGAGGGCUGCUGGCCGGUCAGUGGGAGUUUCUAACGUCCAAGGUAAGCUCGCCGUCGACGAUGCCGUCUUGGCAGGACGGCAGUUGCGAUUCGAUUCCAUAACGUGGCUCACGUUCUUGUGAACAUGCCACCACGGGAUAUAUCUUUUGAAUUUCUCGGCACAGGCAACACACGACUCGGACAACGUUUCCGACUACGCGAUGCGCCGCACGUGGGCAAAUGACGGUAUCGCCACGGCGCUGAGUAUUCGACCGGAGACGCUGGAGGGUUUGAUCGUGCGUCGAUGCGACCGUGGCGAGCUCGUCCAUGUCUUUUCGCACGUCAAGCACCACAUGGGUGUCGAGGAAGUCGAAGUCGAUUGGCCGGGCGUGACGAAGCAACUCGAGUCGCCCAUGGUGCGGUGGAUGUCUUGCCAAGACAUGGCCGAGGUCGGUAUCACGACGGGGAUGAAGAAGGUGCUGAAUCUGGUCGUUAAAGCCGACUCGAAGGCGCGGGCCGUGACUCGGCAUGCAGCAUCUUCUCGCCAUGUCAAGCCGAAGGUUGUGGACAACGAAACCAGGCCGAUCACGGCCUUUUUCCAGUUUGCAGCCAAAUCAGCCACCGAGUAGCAAUCUCAUCUUGCAUGGUGCAUGAGAUACCACUCGAGUCGACUGGUUGGCGCCAUGAGAACAUGGGCAUGUGCCCGCUGUUGUCGAUGAAUAGGCAUGCUUUGCAAGCAAACAUGCGAGCCCGGAGAACGUUGUCAGCGAUUUUGUCGGGUCCACUGGGGCUGGGCGAACACCGCGCUGUAUACACGCUUUGGAUCUUCUGGAUAAAGUGCUUGUUGUACGAGGGCUGGUAAUAUCAAGAUUGGAUGGUCAGCAGAGAA